AGAGGAGAUAAAAUAAGAACAGAAGGAUAAAAGGUAAAGCAUCAACACACACAUUUCAGUCUCAGCUCUCAGCUCUCAGCUCUCACUAUCCAGCGUCGACAAUUUAAACCUUCUAAGCUUCCAGAAAUGUCCGACGCCGAUAGCACCGUCGAGGUCGACUCCCAUGACCCACCCAAGCAGGACUCACAGGAUCGGAAGCCGUCCUCCGCCUCCCCCAACUACAGCCUCUGGCCGCCGACCGAGCGCACCCGCAACGCCGUCGUCGACCGUCUCAUCGAGACCCUCACCACUCCCUCCCCUCUCUCCAGACGCUACGGCACCUUGUCCGCCGACGAGGCCGACUCCCAGGCGCGCCUCAUCGAGCAAGACGCCUUCGCCGCCGCCGGUGGCUCCGCCGCCACCGAGGUCAGCGGCGAGUCCGGGAUGAAGAUCCUCCAGAUCUACUCUAAGGAGAUCAGCAGGCGCAUGCUCGAGGUCGUCAAGGCUAAGAACGCCGAUGCUUCUGCUGCUGAGAACGGCGCCUCCGAGACUGGUAGCGACGCCGCCGCCGCCGUUGAGGAGAAAGAUGCUUCUACUGCUGCGUCCGGUGAGGAGGUGAAGGCUGAGGAGUCGACCUGAUCUGCGUCAGUGUUAGGCAUUUCUAGCUUUGAUAUUUAGUAUUGAGAUCUAUUUGGCACCUAUUAUGGAUUUCUUAUGAUGCCUCAUCUAUUACAGUUUAAAUAUUUAGGUGUUUUCGCAAUGUGCUUCGGUAUUCUCUGUUUUGUAUAAUGUGGUGGUUUGGUGAUUGAGUAUGGAUCCGGUCUGUUAAGAGA